AUGAAUGCAAUUCGACGAGUGGAUGACAUGAUUAUUGAAAAUGAAAGCCUUAUUAACCACAUUUCAGAAAAUAAGAAAAAGAUGAAAUACUUGGAGGAAUUAGUAAACCAAGAAAAAUCAUCCAUAAGCUCGAAAGAGGCUGAGAUCAGGAUAGUACUUGAGAAGAGAAUACAAGAAUUAGAGCUACAUUCCUUAUCUUUGAAUAAUGAAAUCACGAAACUCAAAGAAGCAGCACAAUCUGAAAAGGAACUGAGAGUCCAAUCAGAAAAAACUCUAAAAGAUGAUUUCCAGAAACAAAGGAAAAAUUUGGAAGGCAAAAUUAAUGAUUUGUCCUCAACAAAAGAACACUUAGAACAGUUGCUUUCUUCCGAAAAGGAGCAACUUGCUGCUCUGGACCAAUCUUCAAAGAGAGAAAUCAAAAAGUUACAAGCGUCGUUAUUGGAAGAAAAAGAUUUUAUCAUCACAUUGGAAAAGAGGUUAAAAGAAGAGCAAGACAAUAAUGUAGAGCUUUCAAAACGCCUUGAUGCCCUUCAGUCUUCUGUAAUAUCAACAACUGAUAUCUCCAAUUUCCCAGAGGAAACGAGCAGCGCAGUAUCAGUUGAAGAUGAAGUUGCUGCAAAUCCAAAGGAAAGCACAGCUCAGCAAAAAGAUAAAUCAGCAGUUGGUGGCGUGUCAUUGAUCAUGGGUGUCUUCGGUUUGGGAGUGGGAGUUGUUCUUCCUGCGUUACUGCGUAAAUACGAAUUGCUUCCUUCUUCGUUUGGCUUGUAA